GUCAGCAGAUGCAGUAGCGGUCAGUGAGGCUCACGCGAUUGUUUUGGCAGGAUGGCAGCUCCUCUCGGUGACAGCAGCCUGAGACCUCUGCAAAAUGCCAUGAGACUCGUAAAAGUGGCCAUUCAGCUGGACACCGGCAACAAACACAAGGAGGCCUACUGUGAAUACUUAAGAAGCAUUAACUACAUUUCCCACGCUCUGCUUGAAGACGCCACAUCUAAACAGGAGGGAGAGAUGGAGUUUGUGGAACUGGAGAAGAUGGUGAAACUUGUUGAGCAAUGUUUAGAGAGGGUCAAAUCAUGCAUAAUAAGAAAGCAAAAGUCCCCUCCGGCUGUCACCUCCUCCGCUUCUCUGACCACUGUUCCAGCUAUGAAUGCAACAAGCCAGCCCAAAAUGACAGAAACACCAAAUGAGGUAUCGUUGCUCUCUGAAACCCAAGAUAAGGAAUUGCCCACAAGACAUCGUAGAGUCCUCUCUGAGGGAGGGGAGGUCGGAUCCCCCUUUCUGCCACCUGAAGUUUUCCAGAAACUUCAGACCGUGGAGUCACAAGACAAUCGAAAGGAAUUAACGCCUAUUGAAGAAGCGUCACGUCUAAACCAGAAACUUAAGGCUAAUUACGAAGCAAGGCUGGCAAGACUAACCCCUGGUCAGGCCACUCAAAAAACCUCCCUGACUCUCUCACUCCAGAGGCAGAUGAUGGAGAACCUGAUAAUAGCUAAAGCCAGACAAGAUGCUCUUCAAAGAAAAAUGGAGGAGAGGAGACUCCGGCUGCAGGAAGAAGCUAACAGAAGGUUUGCCACCUGUGGAACAAUGACACCCGAGGAACAAGAGCAGCGAGUUCUGUAUGCAAGUGUGCUUGAAUAUGAACAGGAUCAUGAGUGGCCAAAAAUUUGGAAAGCCAAGCUUAAAAAGUCUCCAAAUGAUCCUGCACUGGUUUCCGGUCUUAUCGCCUGCCUUCUCAGCUAUCCAGAUCACCCAGUCAUGAAGUUGCUGAAGAGGCUUCAGUAUCGGGUAUAUAACAGACUGUAUCCUAUAGUGAGCCAGUGCUCUCCUCUAAACACAACAUCUGGUCACUCUCUAUCCUUAAAGCCUUCCCGAAGUGCCCAUAGCCUCCUCCUCUCAGACUGUCCCAUCUCUCCACAUCAUCAGCAGAGCCCCUUCAAAUCAGCCCUGACACACAGCUUAUCGGAUGCCUCCAUCUCCCUUUCCCCAUCCCGUGAUCUCAACGCCAACGACACCAAGUCUGAGGCCGACCCUGACGAUUCCUCAAGUCUCCUCACCACGGACAGAGAAAACUCUUUUGAGGAUCUGGAGAAGUUUCUAACUCAGCUGGACUGGGUUCCUUCUCACAGUGGUGAUGAUGAUGAUACAGACCCUGAUGUGACCUUUGAGUCUCAAAUUCAUGAUCUUGAGGAACGUGCUCUGAAAGAGCAUUUGAAGGCCAUCGUCAAAGAUAUCCACAAUGCGAUCGAUCGCCUGCUGUCUCUCUGUCUUCUGUCUUUUGAAUGUCUCAACACUGCCAAUUCUAAGGACCAAUGUGUGGCCAGCAUGGAAGAGGUGUUUUUCACACCUAUUUGGCGCCCUCUGUUGGCACUGUUUAGGAAGGUGCAUGGAGAACGGGAACAGGCUGUGGAAAGCAGCAUGCAUCUUUACCAUCAUGUUUCACCUGGUGAUGUUGGUGUUGCCUCCAAAUUGUUCCCAAGAGACCUGGCUGUGCUGCAUGGUUCCUACCCAUACGAGUCAGCAGUACAGGAGCUGAAGCUUCUGUGUAGAGAAUAUUGUCCUCAGAAGAAACUGGAGUGUAUUGUUCGAACUCUACGAAUUAUCUGUGGCUGCGCCGAAGACUACCGCCUCCUACAGGAAAAUGACCCUCCACCCAGAUCAGCCGCUAUAGGUGCCGAUGACCUGUUGCCCAUCCUGGCGUUUGUGGCUUUGCGCAGUGAAAUGCCUCAGCUGGUGUCUGAAUGUGCUGCAUUAGAAGAGUUCAUCCAUGAGGGGUAUCUGAUCGGAGAGGAAGGAUACUGCCUGACCUCGUUGCAGAGCGCGCUGACGUAUGUCGAGUCAAUGCUGCCGAGUGGAGCUCCACCACCGGCUCCUAAACCCACCUGACAGAGGUGCCUUAACCAACAGAAAACAUCCCGUCUUGUUUUGAGGGAAAUGCCGCAUCUCCUUUGCUCAGCCUGUUCAGUCCCAGAUCAGGCCAGGCUUCAAGUUCUGUUCGCAUCGUCCCGAUCCGCUGCUUUUGAAGGACUGGAGGGGGUUAUUCGUCCUGUUUGGGCUCUACAAGUUCAUCGAAAUGUGGUUAGAAGCGAGAUCGUGUUAGCACCAAAGUAGAAAAAAAGAAGAUUUAUAUGAGAGUGAAUGAAAUGAGCCAGAUGUUACAUAGGGAAAAUAUUAGUUUUUUUUUUUUUUAUGUGAAUAUUUUGUUAUUCCAUUGGCUUUUUUUAUUUUUGUCAAUUUGAGUUUCACAAAAUAUUUUAUGAAAGGAGAUAUAAACAAAAAACUAAAGCAAAAUAAGCUUUGUCAUUCUAUUUAUUAAACAAAAAAUAUAAGAGAGAUUCUUUUAGCUCAGGAUUUUAGCCUCAAAAUGGACAGAGCUGUGCAAGAAAAUAUACCAUUAAGCAUCAUGUUAUGCAGUGUAGGUUUUAUGUAGUUUUUAUAUCUAUAAAAAGUCUUAAAUCAUUAUUUAAAUGUGUUUCACUACUUGUCGAGUAAAAACCAAUGUGAAAAAAGUGUAGAUGUGCAACAAACACUACUGCUGCUAUGCCGUCUGUAAAAUCAGAUGUUACUUGUUGAGGGGAUUUGAUACAAAAAAAAAAAAAUAGGCUUAAUAAAUUUUGUGAAAAGGCAGUAAUAAAUGUAAAUGUCUGUUAGAGCAGAAUGUUUGUUGCUGAAGACUGAUAAUGUGAAUGAUUAUGAAUGUAAACAUAGCCUCUUUAAGAGAUGGUGACCAUGUAUUUUUUUACAAAGCCUUUCCAAAGUUCUUUGAACUUAGGAUUGGUUCUUGCACAUGAGCAUGGUUUAAAAAUGCAUGGCAUGUGGAUUUUCUAACAAUAAAGAAAUAUGUAAUAAGA